GCGGGGCGGCCGCGGAGAGAGGUGGCGUGCGGAAUCGCGCUGGGACCCGCGGACGGACCGACGUGCCGACGGCGGCCCGGGCCCAGCGCGCUGAAGAUGAACAGAGCAGAUUCGCCGAAACCACCUGUUGCUCCUAAACCAAAGACUACCAGUCCACUAACGCCGGUGACCGCACUCAAAUUCCCUUCCUCACCCAGGCCUGAUAGUCUUCACAGUCCAAACUCCAUGUUCAGGGGUCCGAAGCCCCCCAUUGCUCCCAAGCCCAGGCUGGCUGCCCCAAAUGAGUGGAGAGCCAGUGUGUACCUGAAUGACAGCUUGAACAAAUGCAGCAAUGGGCGGCUGCUCUGUGUAGACAGGGGCCUUGACGAGGGGCCCCGGUCCGUCCCGAAGUGCUCUGAGUCGGAGACAGAUGAGGAUUACAUUGUGGUCCCCAGGGCUCUGCUGAGGGAAGACAAACCCACGGAUGUGGGCAGUGUGGGGAACGCAGCCCUGGUGUCUCCAGAGGCCUCUGGGGAAGAGGAAGAGGAGCAUGAGGAGGGAGGCGAGGCAUGUGUCAUGGAUGGGAUGGGAGCUGGAGAGGACUCGGCAGCCCCCGCUGCCCCGGCUGCAGGAGCACUGAGCAGGGAGGGUGAGGAAGGCACAGACCUUCCUCUUGAGGGCGAAGGGGAGGGCUACGCUGAUGAGCCAGGGUCACAGGAGCAGGUGUCCAGAAGUGAGGAGGAAGAGAAACUGGUGCAGCCACACAGGGAGUGCAGCCUGGAGGAUGGUGGGCCUUGGGCUGGAGAGGGGGUCUUCCAGAGUGACCUUCUCCUGCCUCAUGACCAUGGAAAGGAGCACGAGUCCCCCACCACCCCUGGGGAGGCAGAGGAGGAUGGUGAGGAAGGCUGUGCCAGCGCAGACCCAGCGGGCGCAGAUGAGGGUGCAGGUCCUGACAGCCCCACCGAGGACAUGGGACAGGAUACUGAGGAUGCCAGUGAGGAGCCCCCUCAGAAGGAGGAGCCUGCCACAGGGGUCCAGGAGGCAGAGAUGGCCAUGGACUGCCCUGAGCUUCUUGAGGAGGGGUGCGAAAAGGCCAUGGGCAUCACAGGUGGGGAACAGGUUGACCUUGAUGAACCACCUGACCAUGAGGAGAAAACCAGCAAAGAAGUGGCAGCCGCCACCCUGGAGGACCGCACACAGGAUGAGCCUGCCGAGGAGAGCUGCCAGAUCGUCCCUUUUGAGAAUGACUGCGUGGAGGACUUUGUGACUUCCCUCACAGGAAGCCCCUACGAGUUCUUCCCAACUGAGAGCACCUCCUUUUGCAGCGAGAGCUGUUCUCUUUCUGAGUCAGCGAAAGGCUUAGAAUCAGAGCAGGCACCAAAGUUGGGGCUAUGUGCAGAGGAGGACCCUGUGGCAGGGGCAUUGUGUGGCCAGUGUGGUUCCCUGCAGGGUGGAGGAGCAGAGGGUCUCGCAGCCCCUGAUGUGGUGGUCAUGUCAGAGGAGGAGGCGUUGGAUGAUGCAUUGGCCAACCCUUAUGUGAUGGGAGCGAACCUGCCGGGUCGGGCGGCCCCUGGAGAAGGAGGGCAGGCUGCGUCAGACACCCUGGGUGGUUAUGGCUCAAAAGAAGAAAUGAACUGUGAGGCAGAAGGUGGCCUGGUCCCCGGGGACAGGAAGAACACCAGCACGAGGGCCCGGCCCCACUCUGGGAAAGUGGCCGGCUAUGUCCCAGAAACUGUCCCUGAAGAAACCGGACCUGAGGCAGGCCCGUCAGCCCCCGGCACUGGAGGUAUCACAGAGGAUGCAGGAAAGACGCUUUUGUCGUUGGAGGGGAAGCCCCUAGAAGUCGGCAGGGCCUUGCCAGCAAAGCCCAGGGCCUUCACUUUAUACCCUCGGUCGUUCUCUGUGGAAGGCCGAGAGAUUCCGGUCUCCGUGUACCAGGAGACUGAGGGUCCAGGUUUAGAUGACCACAGGAUAAAGAGGAAAGAGGACAACCUCUCUCUGUCAUGUGUGAUUGGCUCCUCUGGGAGCUUCUCCCAGAGAAACCACCUUCCAUCCAGCGGCACCUCCACGCCUUCUUCCAUGGUCGACAUCCCACCCCCUUUUGACCUGGCCUGCAUCACCAAGAAGCCCAUCACAAAGAGCUCUCCCUCGCUCCUGAUCGAGAGCGACUCCCCGGACAAGUACAAGAAGAAGAAGUCAUCCUUUAAGCGGUUCUUGGCGCUGACGUUUAAGAAGAAGACGGAGAACAAGUUGCACGUGGAUGUGAACGUGUCUUCCUCUAGGUCCUCUUCAGAAUCCAGCUACCACGGGCCUUCCAGGAUUCUGGAAGUUGACCGGAGAAGCCUCAGUAACUCCCCUCAGCUUAAGUCUCGGACUGGAAAGCUCCGGGCUUCUGAAUCCCCCUCUUCCCUCAUCUUUUAUAGAGAUGGCAAGAGAAAAGGCGUCCCCUUCAGCAGGACAGUGUCCAGAGUGGAGUCCUUUGAAGACCGCUCCCGGCCACCCUUCCUGCCCUUGCCACUGACCAAGCCACGGUCCAUCUCCUUCCCCAGCGCUGACACUUCGGACUAUGAGAACAUUCCAGCCAUGAACUCGGACUAUGAGAAUAUCCAGAUUCCGCCCCAGAGGCCUGUCAGGGCUGGUGCGUUCACGAAGCUGUUUGAAGAUCAGAGCAGAGCCCUGUCCACAGCAAAUGAAAACGAUGGCUACGUGGACAUGAGCAGCUUCAAUGCCUUUGAGAGCAAACAGCAGAGCACAGACCAGGAUGCGGAAAGCACCUACACAGAGCCCUACAAAGUCUGUCCCAUCUCAUCGGCAGCCCCUAAAGAGGACCUCACGUCGGAUGAGGAGCAGAGAAGCUCAGAGGAGGAGGAUAGUGCUUCAAGAGACCCCAGCCUCACCCACAAGGUGGAAGGACAGUCCAGAGCCCUUGUCAUCGCACAGGAACUGCUAUCUUCAGAGAAAGCAUACGUGGAGAUGCUCCAGCACUUACAUCUGGAUUUCCAUGGAGCUGUCAUGAGGGCCUUGGAUGACAUGGACCAUGAAGGCAGAGACACAUUGGCCCGGGAGGAACUGAGACAGGGCCUGAGUGAACUCCCAGCCAUUUACGAACUUCACCAAGGCAUCCUGGAGGAGCUGGAGGAAAGGCUGUCAAAUUGGGAGAGCCAGCAGAAGGUAGCUGACGUCUUCCUGACCCGGGAGCAGGGGUUUGAUCACCACGCCACUCACAUCCUGCAGUUCGACAGGUACCUAGGUCUGCUCAGUGAGAAUUGCCUCCACUCUCCCCGGCUGGCAGCUGCUGUCCGUGAAUUUGAGCAGAAUGUACAAGGAGGUGGCCAGACUGCAAAGCAUCGGCUGCUGCGGGUGGUUCAGCGCCUCUUCCAGUACCAAGUGCUCCUCACAGACUAUUUAAACAACCUUUGCCCGGACUCCGCCGAGUACGACAGCACACAAGGUGCACUGAGCCUCAUCUCCAAAGUCACAGACCGUGCCAACGACAGCAUGGAGCAAGGGGAAAACCUGCAGAAGCUGGUCCACAUUGAGCACAGCGUCCGGGGCCAAGGGGAUCUCCUCCAGCCAGGAAGGGAGUUUCUGAAGGAAGGAACGCUGAUGAAAGUAACAGGGAAAAACAGACGCCCCCGGCACCUAUUUCUGAUGAACGAUGUGCUCCUGUACACCUAUCCCCAGAAGGAUGGGAAGUACCGGCUGAAGAACACAUUGCCUGUGGCCAACAUGAAGGUCAGCCGCCCUGUGAUGGAGAAAGUGCCCUAUGCUCUAAAGAUCGAGACUUCUGAGUCCUGCCUGAUGCUGUCGGCGAGCUCCUGUGCAGAGAGGGACGAGUGGUAUGGCUGUCUGAGCAGAGCUCUUCCUGAGGACUACAAGGCUCAGGCUCUGGCUGUGUUCCACCACAGCGUGGAGAUACGAGAGAGGCUGGGGGUUAGCCUCGGGGAGAGGCCUCCCACCCUGGUGCCUGUCACACAUGUCAUGAUGUGCAUGAACUGCGGCUGUGACUUCUCCCUCACACUGCGGCGUCAUCACUGUCAUGCCUGUGGCAAGUACCUGAAGGACAGGAUGGCCAAGGUCUGUGACGGCUGCUUCGGGGAGCUGAAGAAGCGGGGCAGGGCUGUCCCAGGCCUGAUGAGAGAGCGGCCUGUGAGCAUGAGCUUCCCACUCUCUGCACCCCGCUUCUCAGGCAGUGCCUUCUCAUCCGUCUUCCACAGCAUCAACCCCUCAACUUUCAAGAAGCAGAAGAAAGUCCCUUCAGCGCUGACAGAGGUGACUGCCUCUGGAGAGGGCUCUGCCAUCAGCGGCUAUCUCAGCCGGUGUAAGAGGGGCAAGCGGCACUGGAAGAAGCUCUGGUUUGUCAUCAAAGGCAAAGUUCUCUACACCUACAUGGCCAGUGAGGUAGUGGUGAUCGGCACUCUCUCCCCUCUGAAAUGACCCCCUGGGGCCUGCACACAUCCUGUCACCUGCAUACAUCCUGUUACCUGCAAGGCUGUCUGCGUCCUGGCUGCUGAGCCAGUUCUCGUAGCAGUCAAGUCUUUAGUGAGCAAUGCCAUGUGCUCAAUGUUGCUGUGGCUACACAAUCACACACCAUUUCAGAAUCUAAGGAAUGUACAGUUUCUUUGUGGAGGUAAAAAGAACAGACUUGCCAACCUGUGGCACAAAGUGUUUAAAUGUCACAGGCCCAAAAUCUAGGACAAAGAUGGGACAAGCCAGCCAUGCCACAAAAGAAAACUCAUUCCUACUCUCUACUUAGAUUGCUCAGGGCAAAAUUCAGCAGUGUGGAAGCUACUCCCUUUUUGUCUGUCCAUUUCUUUUAUAGG